AUAAACUUUGAGAUAUUACCUCAGAGACACACGAUGAUCAAAAUGUUUAGAAUCGAACUUAACUAAGAAAAACCUACACGAUUAAUACUAACAGUUUCAUGGUGCAUUUUAUCGUCCAAGCGACUAAUUGUACUUAAAGUUUAUACACUUAAAUUAAUUACUUUUACCGUUUUGCUACCAAAAUGCUUAUGUAUAUGAAUAUUUUCAUUGGUAUGAUGCUCUUAAACAUUCCUUUAUUAUUAUGUUCUGAAACCACUACAAUAACGAGUGAGGAAGUGAAACGGAUCAAAAGAACGAAACGUUAUUGUCAUCUAUUAAAAAUAUGUUCUCACUUCAAGGGGCCAAUUUGUGGUCGUGAUAGAUAUGCACGAUUUUUCAAAACAUUCGACAAUAUCUGUAAAAUGUACGAAGAAAAUUGUUUCAAAGGAACACGGUAUUACAAGAUAGAUUUCGGAAGGUGCCAAGCGAAAGAAGACUUCAUGAAAGUACACGGAAACUCUUCAUCUGAUUGGCAAGCUUCCACCGACUUUGACAUACCUUUAUUGACAUCCAUUACUGAUAAGCCUAAAAAUAAACAAUAUACGAGUAUUUUUGAAAGACCUACAGAGAAACUAGAUAGUGAGGAGGAGUUCUACAAGAAAAUACCAGGACUGGGUGACAUGCUUAGAUCUUCCAAUAGUACUGAGAAAAUUAGUUCUGUUGGCUAACUAUUCUACUCAUAAUCAGUAUCACUGAUGCUGAUUCAAAAAUAUUUUGAAUAAAUCUUUUUUGAAAUGGGACUUAUAUGUUUGUUUGAAAAGGAAGGCGUUUCAGUUCUAAAGUCAAAUAUGUAUA